GAUCAUAAUACCGAGAUUGAGUCGCUUGAAGAGGGAAAUGAGCUCGAGGAGCCAAGAGGGGCACGGAUUUUAUCAGAUGCUACUAAGUUGAUGGUGGCGAAAUUGAUCGAUGGUUACCUUGCUGAAAUCGCGAAGGAUCGUAACUUACCAUCAGUAAGGUUCAUUGAUCUUGCGGAAAUGGUAUCUGGCAUCGCUCGGCCUUCGCACGAUGGGCUCUAUCGAGCUAUAGACAUGUAUCUGAAGGAACAUCCAGGGAUCAGCAAGAGUGACAAGAAGAGAAUCUGCAAACUGAUAGACUGCAAGAAGCUAUCUGCUGAUGCCUGCAUUCAUGCAGUACAAAACGAACGGCUCCCUCUACGUAUGGUUGUGCAGGUAUUAUUUUUCGAGCAAGUCAGGGCGUCGGCGUCAUCAGGCAGCAGCACUCCCGACCUACCUAAAGGGAUCAAGGAUCUAACGAGCGGGUCACACGGCAGCUCAAGAUCUGCCACGACGAAUCCUGAGGAAGACUGGGAUGCAGUAGCCAUGGCUGAGGAGCUGAAGGCCCUCAAAGGGGAGCUGGCUUCCUUAAGGGUUGCUAAUGGUAGAGGAGGUAGUGAGAGGAAUGGAGUUGGUAAAAAUGGUAUUGACAAAGCAGCUCUUAGUAAAAUGAAGGGCAUGCUGAAGUCAAAGAAGCUUUUCACUAAGCUAUGGUCAAGUAAAGGAGGAGGAUAUGGCGAAAACAGCAGCUCGGAUUCGUCGGAGAGCCUCGGGUCUGCUAAUCAGGAGGAAGCGAAGUCAACGCCUUCGAGAAACAGAAGGUACUCAGUUUCUUAGAAGUUCCAUUUUUGGUGGUUUAGAUUCAAACAGGUCUUUUGUGUUUUAGAUGAGUGUCCCUUAAUAACUAAAAUGAGCAAGAACGAAGU